UUUACCACUAAAUUUUGGAAGAUUUAUAGAAUAUGACACUUUUUUUUGGCUAUUAAAGCAUUUAAUGUCUUAAUAAGAGCCAGAAGUAUAUUUAUAUACUAUAUAACAUGCGGAUCAUGUGCGUUUGCAUUAGGAGAGACAGACUCGUGGGAGGAUUCACACCAGCUUGAGUAUUUUCAGCAGAUAGCCUUAUUAGAUCAGACAGAGAACUGGGAAAGAAAAUGUUUUACAUGCUUCUUUUGUUCUGUUUGUGCUGGAAGCAUCUGAUUGGUGGGUUUGGUUCACAGACAAAUGAAAGACUGUCAGUGACGGAGGGAGAUUCUGUUACUUUACAAACUAAUGCUACUGAAAUACAUGAAGAUGAAGACAUACUGUGGUAUUUUGGAGGCGAAAAAUCUCUCAUAGCUAAAAUCAACAGAGAGACUAAAACCUUCUUCACAUAUGACGGUCCUGAUGGGAGAUUCAGAGACAGACUGAAGCUGGACAAUCAAACUGGAUCUCUGACCAUCACAAACACCAGAACUGAACAUACUGGACUCUAUCAACUAGAGUUAAGUGGAGCAAAACUGAUAUCAAAUACAUUCAGUGUUUCUGUCUAUGCUCGUCUGCCUGUUCCUGUCAUCAGCAGUAACUCUUCACAAUGUCCUUCAUCAUCAUCAUCUUCAUCACAGCAGAAUUGUUCAUUGUUGUGUUCAGUGGUGAAUGUGAGUCAUGUGACUCUCUCCUGGUACAAAGGAAACAGUUUAUUGUCCAGCAUCAGUGUGUCUGAUCUCAGCAUCAGUCUCUCUCUACCUCUGGAGGUGGAAUAUCAGGAUAAAAACACCUACAGCUGUGUGCUCAACAAUCCCAUCAGCAACCAGACCACACAUCUGGACAUCAGUCAACUCUGUCACACAUGUGCAGCACUGGAUGAAAAGUCUACUUCACAUCACAUGUUGACUUCUGCUGGAUCUCUGAUGAUUGUAGCUGCAUUCGGGAUCUGCUGCAUCUACAGGAAACACAAAAAAACUGAAGGUGCUGUUGAUGCUAAUGUAACGGUUCAAACUCCCAAAGAAGAGAUAACUUACACUGAUCCUACAUUCUGCAAACGAAUUACACCAAAACUAACAACCACAGAGGACACUCACGUGGAGUAUGCACCUGUCUGCAUGAGAUGA